CUCGGCUCCGCUCCGCUGGGCGGGCCCGGCAGGAUGGGCGGGGGCUGAUCCGGGGACGCGGCGGCGCAUUGGCUGCGAGGGGCGGCGGGCGGUGCUUUGAACCUGCUUCCCAGGAGCCGGAGGCGCUGCUGGGCCUCUCCCUACGACCUGCUCUCUCUCUUCAGUUCCUAUUGCGCUCUAUCUCGUGCACAGUACGUAGUGCUCCACGGACUCGCACUCUUCUCGGCGUCGGCGCAAACAGUCCCGUGCAGCCCAGUCCGGCGCAAUCAUGCCGGAGAAACGCGAGUCCCGCUGGUACUUCGGCGGGUUGGCCUCUUCGGGGGCCGCGUGCUGCACGCACCCGUUGGACCUGCUUAAGGUCCACCUACAAACACAGCAGAAGUUAAAGAUGAGGAUGACUGGCAUGGCCAUAAGGGUGGUGCAGACAGACGGCUUCUUGGCCCUGUACAACGGCCUCAGUGCGUCCCUCUGCCGACAGAUGACCUACUCCCUGACCCGGUUUGCCAUCUAUGACACAAUACGAGACUGGCAGGCAAAGGGGAAGCACGAGCCCCUCCCGUUCUAUAAGAAGGUGUUGUUGGGAUCUCUUGGAGGUUUUGCUGGUGGUCUUGUGGGGACUCCUGCAGAUAUGGUGAACGUCAGGAUGCAGAAUGACAUGAAGUUACCUCUGAACCAAAGGCGAAACUACUCCCAUGCUUUAGACGGCCUGAUACGUGUUGCCCGGGAAGAAGGCUUAAAGAAAUUGUUUUCUGGAGCUUCGAUGGCAUCUACCCGAGGGGCUCUCGUCACUGUGGGGCAGUUAUCUUGCUAUGACCAAGCCAAGCAGCUGGUCCUCAGCACAGGAUUCUUCUCAGACAACAUCGCUACCUACUUCCUGUCCAGUUUCAUUGCUGGCGGGUGUGCCACCGUUCUGUGCCAUCCCCUGGACGUGCUGAAGACUCGUCUGAUGAACUCUAAGGGGGAAUAUGAGGGUCUUCUCCACUGUGCCAAGGAGACUGCGAAACUUGGGCCACUGGCCUUCUACAAGGGCAUUUUCCCUGCUGGCAUCCGCCUGGUCCCCCACACCGUCCUCACCUUCAUCUUUUUGGAAGAACUCCGGAAAUACUUUGGAGUCAGAGUGAAUGUUUGAGCUGGGCUUGUUGCAGGGGGAGCUGUGCAGAUGCUGCAAGGUCCCCGGGCUACCCAGGAUUCUUCCAAAGAGACCCAGGAGGCAGCACCCAAGCAUCUUCUCAGGGGCCAGCACUUUCUGCAUUCCUGCUUUGUUUUCCCUCCCGUGUCCCCUGGGCUCCCUUCUGUGGUUCAUGAGCAUGGUUGUCCCAACGGUGCCCUGUCCUCACCACCUCCCCCCCACUGCCGCCCCCACAAUCUUAGGGAUCAAAACAGCCUUUGGUCCUGUCCUGACAGAAGCCCCUUGAUUAUCCCUGUCCCUUUGAGCCCAUCUCUGUAGCUUCAUUUGCCUUAAUGAUUCCUCUGGGCCCUCCAAAUGCUCUCCACCUCUUAGAAGGGGAGGACCCAAAAGGUUUCAUAGCCGAGCUGAAAAAACCUUGAAACGUGGCUUCUUCCCCCUCACUGCCUCUCCCUCCCUCCCAUAUCCCACUCUGGACUUCCCUUUGUUUUUAUACAAGUGAGGAAAAUAUGUGUUUACAGGAAUUCUCCUUUUCUCCAGCCCUGCCUCUUCCUGGGGGAUGUGAAGUGCAUUCUGGUGGUGGUGGCAGCCCUCCAUGCCAAGGAGGGGGUGGAGAUGUCUCUAAAGCUUUCCUCCCCCUGAGCAGUUACAGAAGAUUUUUUUAGAGGAAAGUCAACUACUGCAGUUAACCCUGAGUUUGGGUGGUGAUUUUCCAUACUGUUUCCAAGUCAGAGAGAGACCGAGGGGUACGUGCCCAGAUGUAUUGCCUUCAGUCUGUCUAUCAUAAUUUGCCUUGGUACCCCAGGUCAACCAUACAUUUCCUUUUCUUCUUAUUCUCAUUUUGGGUUAUAUUAACUGGGAAAAAAUGAGCAUUGUGAACUUCAUUCUUUUCCUUUUUUGAGUGUGAAAGAGGGAAAUUGAUAUCCAACAGGUAUGGCUCUCCAUGGUGAGAAGAAGCAUCUUUACUCCUUAUCUCCUCCCUGUGCUACUUCUCCCCGCCCUAUUAUUUCUACCGUUAAGUUCAUCGUGUCUUCCAAGUUCCUGUCCCUCUGCCAUCCCGAACUGAGGGGUUCACACCUCUUCCAGCCCGGAGCAUUCACUCACCCCAAGGCAGCUUCCCGGCCCUUCCUUCCAAGUUGCCCCCAUCGCCAACUCCUGCUCGGCGAUUGCUUUAAAGAUCAAAUUGUAGCCAAAACUCCGGCACCAAAUAAUUGUUGCUGUCUUCAGGGAUUUCCCCUCUGCCUUCUGCUUCCUCUUCUCUCCGAACCCCCCAUCUCCUCGCUUUUUGGCACCACAUUUCACCCCGGCUGUGGCGUCAGACAAAGCUCAGUAUCCUGAGGGUGGAAGGAAACAGAUGUAUAUUUUGACUUUUUAUUUCCUCAGCUCUCAUUUCCCUUCCUCCCCAGGAGUCGAUAUUGGUUGUGUAGAAUGAAGUUGGACCAGUCAAACUGGCUGAUUUCCAGCCAAAACUUCAUAGCACCCUUUUGGAGGUGUCUUUACACACCCAUCCUGGGCCCUUUACUCUAACGUUCCCUUCCCCCUUGCCCCAGGGCCCUUAGGAAGGAUCCUGAAGAUUGAGAGAGGGGAAGACUUGCAUUCAGAUCCUGCCACGGACACUAGUUCUUUUGACCCUGGUCAAAUUACUCAACUCGUCUGAGCCUUGAUUUCCUCAUCUUUAGGUGAGGAGCAUCACACAUAAAAAGUCACUUUAUCAAAGCAAUAUAAGAAUGGCACUUACUUCACAAGGCUGAGAUGAGUAUCCCAUUAGCUAACACAUGCAAAAGUGCUUUUUAAGCCUUAAAGUGCUAGUGAGAUACGGAUGGUUAUUAAUGCUGCUAAGGGCAUCGAUGUGGCGCAGUGGAUAGAGCCCUGGGCCUGGAAUCAGGAAGACCCAUUUUCUGAGUUCAAAUCUGGCCUCAGAUACUCACUAGCCGGGUGAUCCUGGGAAAGUCACAUCACCCUUUUUAUCUCAGUUUCCUCAUCUGGAAAACGAACUGGAAAGGGAAAUGGGAAACCAUUCAGGACCUUUGCCAAGAAAACUCUAAAUGGGGCCAUGAAGAGUCAGACAGGGCUGAAAAUACAAAAUUGGACCUGUUGCAUCCCUGAAGAUUUGAUGGGAUAAAUGGCCCCAAUUAUGAGUUCCGUUGCCCACCAUUCACCUCCACUCCCUACACCCAGGGGGAGUGGAGUGAAGCCCUUUAUUCCAGUUUUUCCCUCUUUCCCUUCAUGUGUUAGAUGGCUUCUACAUGAUAUAUAGAUCCCCCUGUGCUAAGGGCUUAGCACCAUGCCUUUAGUGCUAAACCCCUGGCUCAUGUUUAAAGGAGGCCAAAGCUAAGGAGUUUCCUUAAUGAGGUCCAAGAGAAAGGUAGUUGGCAGAAGGGGUACAGAGAUCCAUCUAUCGUCCCCUUCUCCAGUGUGGCACAAGGUGGCUGUGGUACGAGAGGGCUAGUCCAAUUCACUCAGUGACAGAACCAACAGAAAUCUUCGUAUGUAUGUUUAAUUUUUCGUUACCCAGUCUUCAUAAUGGGAUGGUUGACUGCCAAAGUAGCUCUUUCUGGCCCUGGGUUUUUGUCCCUGUCUCCCCCAAGAAGAAACUUUGGGAAAGGGUUUUAUUUGUCUUAAGGGACUUCUGAUUUAUGAAUGAGUACUGGGCUGUUAACCCCCAAAACAAAACAAAGGUUGAAUUGAUGAAAUCAUAGAAUUUAGAGCUGGAAUAAUUUAGUUUCUAUUGAUACAGUGAUGAUAAUGAAGCAUUUCCCUCACAGCCCCCUGGAUGAGGUAGUCUUGAGAUUAAAUUGCAUCACCAUUUUCCAGAUGUGGAAACAGGUCCAGUUGAAGUGAUUUGCCAGUAUAAUACAAUAUAAUACAGCAUAGUAAUUAAGGAUCAGGAUUUGACCAAGACCCUUCUUCCCAUAAUACCACGAUACCUCAUAGAAGGGACCUUAGAGAUCACCCAGUCCAAUUUCUCAUUCCUUUCUUGGUUGGCAUUUCAGAUUCCUUUUUUUUUUUUGGUUGAUCAGUUGUGUUCCAGUUUCCAUCAACAUGAAUAUCCAAAUUUAUGAACAAAAAAAGAAAUUUAAUAACUACUGAACAAAGUAGGACAAAAAAGUGAUUGUAUAUGUAAUAAUAUUCAGUAUUAUUACUGAUUGUUAAAUAAAACUUAAUUUUAACAAGGUCA